GGAUAUAAAUACAGAUGACCAGAAUAUGAAACAGAGUACUACUGCUGUUUAGGUACUGAGACAGAAACCGUAGACUUGGAAAAACAACACUGUAACUGCAAUCUCAUAGACAUUAUUAGAAUUUGGCAGCAAUAAAAUUUUCAGCAGGAUGGGAAAACAAGCUCAAACCUCAGUAAAAGACAAACCCACUGUGCAGACUAAGCUGAAAGUGGAAAGGUCAGUCGACCGGCCAGUUCGAUGUCCAUUUGCUGUUCAUUUGCGAAACUACACGGAUGGCUCGAUCCACCAAGAUACGCUGCAUCACAAAGCUGUUAAGAAUAUGGCCUGCAAUUCCAAAACUUGUGAAGGCUCCAUCAUGAAUCCCAAAACUCUGAUGCAUGGUCCUUCCAAGAUCACACCUUCCUCAGAUGACAUCCUCAACCAGGCAUUGAAUUUCAUCGAUCAGUACUACAAAUCAUUCAAAAUCCCGAAUCAAACGGAGCACCAGGCUCGGAUUGACAGGGUCACACUGGAGAUCACCCUGACUGGCUCCUACACACUCACUACAGAUGAGCUCACUUUUGGGGCCAAAUAUGCUUGGAGAAACGCGCCGAGGUGCAUUGGCAGGAUCCAGUGGGCCAAUUUACAGCUUUUCGAUGCGCGUCAGUGCAAGACCGCCAAGGACAUGUUUCAUGCCUUGUGUACUCAUAUUUAUUAUGCCACCAAUGGAGGAAACUUGAGAUCUACCAUCACUGUGUUCCCUAAAAGAACAGACGGAGAGCAUGAUUUCCGUGUGUGGAACAGUCAGCUUAUAAAGUACGCAGGCUAUCAGAUGGAAGAUGGUAGUGUGAUUGGAGACCCAUCAAGUGUGGAGUUUACACAGGUGUGCAUUCACCUGGGAUGGAAGCCAAAGUAUGGUCAGUUUGAUGUGCUUCCACUGGUCCUGCAGGCGAAUGGAGAGGACCCUGAAGUUUUUGAUAUUCCUCCAGAACUGAUCAUGGAGGUCCCAAUAGAGCACCCAGAGUAUGAAUGGUUCAAAGAUCUAAACCUCAAGUGGUAUGCAAUUCCUGCAGUGGCCAACAUGCUCAUGGAAAUUGGUGGUCUGGAAUUCACAGCAUGUCCAUUCAAUGGCUGGUACAUGGGCACAGAGAUCGGAGUCAGGGACUUCUGUGACAGCCAGCGCUACAACAUUUUGGAGCGGGUCGGCCAGCUAAUGGGCUUAGAGACACGCAAACUGUCUUCAUUGUGGAAAGACCAAGCACUUGUGGCUAUUAAUGUUGCAGUGAUUCAUAGCUACCAGAAAAAUAAGGUCACCAUCACGGACCACCAUUCAGCCAGCGAGUCUUUCAUGCUGCAUUUGGAGACAGAAGUUCGUCUACGUGGAGGCUGUCCAGCUGAUUGGGUGUGGUUGGUCCCGCCCAUGUCUGGCUCCCUCACCCCCGUGUACCAUCAGGAGAUGCUCAACUACAUCCUUUCCCCCUUCUUCUACUACCAGGCUGAUGCAUGGCUAACACACAAGUGGAAAGAUGAGAAGAAAGGUCUUCGAAGAUGUAAGGUCAGCUUCAAAGGACUCAUAAGAGCAGUGUUUUUUUCUCAAAUGCUCAUCAAAGCAGUCAUGGCCAAGAGGGUGUGCUGCACUGUUCUCUAUGCUACAGAAACAGGGAAGUCACUGACCUUUGCCAAAAAACUGAACACCAUGCUCAACCGUGCCUUCGACUCCAAGCUGGUAUGCAUGGAGGACUAUGAUUUCAGUGAGCUUGAGACAGAGAGCCUUCUGAUGGUGGUCACCAGUACUUUCGGCAAUGGGGAAAGCCCAGGAAAUGGAGUGAGUUUCAAGAAGCAGCUUUUCAGCUUGCAAAACCUGAAAAACACCGUCAGGUACAGCGUGUUUGGCCUUGGCUCACGUGUGUACCCACAAUUCUGUGCCUUUGCCCAUGCUGUGGAUGACAAGCUUGCUGAGUUGGGGGCCAAGCGUCUGACUGCCACAGGGGAGGGAGAUGAACUUAAUGGGCAGGAUGAGGCUUUCUCUGCUUGGGCUUGCACUGCUUUUAAGGAUGCAUGUGAGGAGUUUAACAUUAAAAAACAGCUGAAAGCUGUUGAGCAACAGUCGGACGACUGGGACCCACAGAGAUACAGAGUGCAGCAUAACAGUUGCACUCUGGACCGAGUUACAGCACUGUCAGCUCUUCACUCUAAAACUGUGUUUCCUAUGACGCUGAAAAGAAGGCAGAAACUGCAGUGCGCUCAAUCAAGUCGUUCUACUAUCCUGGUUGAGCUGAAGACAGAUGGAAACACAGAGGCCUUGAACUUUGCCCCUGGAGAUCAUGUGGGGAUUUUUCCAGAGAAUUCUCAAGAGCUGGUGGAUGGUAUUUUGAAGCACCUCCCAGAUGCCCCUCCAGUCAACCAGAGUUUUCACCUGGAGUCCCUUUCAGACUCUAGCCAUGAGGAAAAGAGAUGGCUGACAGAUGAUCGUAUCCCUGCUUGCACACUGGUGCAGGCUCUUACAUACUUCCUUGAUGUCACAACUCCACCUUCGCAAAGCCUGCUGCGCAAACUCUCUACAGUGGCGGGUCAGGAAGAGGAUCGCAAACGACUUGAAGCACUUGCAUCUGAUUUCCAGGAAUACUCUACAUGGAAAGAUUUCUACAGGCCCACCUUCUUGGAGGUGCUCGAAGAAUUUGCUUCUCUGAAGGUCCCUGCCACCUUCCUUCUCAGCCAGCUUCCUCUGCUGAAGCCUCGUCUGUACUCGGUCAGCUCCUCAUUGGACCGUCAUCCGAACGAACUACACCUCACAGUAUCUGUGGUGGAGUACCACACCCAGGGUGGAAAGGGCCCACUGCAUCUGGGCACCUGCAGCACAUGGUUUAACACCAUCAAAAGAGGACACACAGUUCCCUGCUUUGUUCACCGCUCGGGUGGAUUCCAUCUCCCAGAAGACCCCAGCACUCCAGUUCUUCUGAUAGGAGCUGGUAGUGGUAUUGCUCCUUUCCGCAGCUUCUGGCAACAGCGCUUCCACGACAUGAAAAAGACAGGUCUUCAAAUUAGUCCUAUGACACUGCUAUUUGGGUGUCGUGAUUCAGAAACAGACCAUCUGUAUAAAGUAGAAACGCUGAAGUUGAGACUUGAUGGCAUUCUGGGCGAUGUCAAGGCAGCUUACUCUCGGCAACCUGGUAAACCAAAGAUGUAUGUGCAGGAUGUCUUGAGGGAGCAGCUCUCUGAAAAAGCCGUGGAGGUUCUACACAAAAACGCAGGCCAUCUGUAUGUCUGCGGUGGCAUGAACAUGGCCCGAGAUGUUGCUUGCACUUUGCAAGAUAUCCUGGCAAGUAAAACAGGCAUGGCCAUCGCAGAAGCUGGAGAAUAUCUGGAGAGGAUGAAGGUUGAGAAGAGAUACCAUGAAGACAUUUUUGGAGCUUAAUGGCAGAGAUCUGCUGCAUCACAUGAAGAAAAAAUGCACUUUUAACUACUGUGAUUCAAAUGUGCUUUCACUGUGUAUAUUCUUGAACAGUUUUAAACUGAUGUAAAUAUAACUUCUCUGUGUCAGUAUGGACAAACGGGAGGAUUAAUUACACAUGUACCCUUAUUGUAUGAUGGGCAAAGCUCUGUGAUUUAAAAUGCUCUAUUUUAAGAGGAAAAUAUAUGGCUUUAUUUUAUUGAGCUCAUUUCUUUUGUUUUUAUUUCAUUUCUGAAAGUUACUUCUGACAUUUUCUAAUGCCUUCUAUGUACUGUAUGACUUUUGAGACAUGCCGACUUAACUGUUCUAAGCAAUAAGCAGCUAGCAUUUGAUAAUUAUAUUUUAUUUUAUUAAUGAUCGUUCUUAGAUAAUUUAUAAUGAAAUGGACUUGAUUUAGGUAAAGACAUAAAAUAAAUGUAAAUGAAAUGUAUCUUUGUC